CACUGGUCAUCAUCAUCAUCAUGUCCAUCGACUUUGAUAGUGCUGCUCUGCAAACUCAACAUGAGGAGGAGUAUGACCCAGAGGACUAUGCCAGAGAACAAGAGCUCCUCAAGCUGCUGACGGACCUGCCUGAUGACAUGCUGGAGGACAGCAGAGACUUCUCCUCUCCGGAGCUGGACGGCUCUGCCUGCAGCAACACAGACACAUGCAACAGGUUCAGUGCAGGAGAUGGGCCAGCUGCAAAUCAAACUACAGCGGACUCAGUCGGCCAAGACCAUGAACGACGACAUGAACAAAGCCUUGCAGGCCCUAGAGAAGAGGAACGCGGAGCUGAAGCAGAGUGAGGGGAAGGUGAAGGGGGCUAACUCUGAGCUGUGUACCAAGAUGAGAGAGAUUAUCCAGGAGCUGGACCAGGAGAAGCAGGAGGCUGCCCAGAGGUAUGAGCGGACCCAGCAGCAGAUGACGUAGUGAACCGUGUUCGUUCUGAACUGGCCCUGGAACACACAGCACGGACAGAUGACAUCACAGCAGACCACCAGCUGCAGAUACAACAGCUACAAGCCAAGCUGUGUGAGGCGAAUGGGGAGAUGGCGGCAGUACAGGAGUGUUACAUCUCACUCUGCAAGGAGAAAGACAGGCUGGAGGAAAACCUGCAGGGAAGAACGGAAGAGGAGGAGGAAAGGAGACAGAAGGAGCUGAACACUCUAGAAGAGGGCGGAGCUGCUCUGGAGAAGCUCAGAGCAGACCUGGAGACCCAGCACCAGGAGACUGUGACCCAGCUCAGAGCAGACCUGGAGA